AUGGCUUCUUCCUCGUUGUUGGAUCCAUCCAAGCGCAAGUUCGACGUUUUUGUGAGUUUCAGAGGCAAAGACACGCGUAAUUCCUUCACCUCUCACCUCCUUGACUCCCUAAACCGAAGAGGAAUCGAUGCUUUCUACGAUGCGCAAAUCCUUCCAGGCUACGAUCUCUCGAUUCUCUUCAAAAGGAUCGAGCAAUCGAAGAUAUCGAUCGUCGUCUUCUCGGAGCACUACGCCGAUUCCACAUGGUGCUUGGAGGAAAUCUGUAAGAUCAUUCAGUGCAAGAAGGAUCUCAAUCAUAAGGUUAUACCGAUCUUCUACUAUGUCAAGACAUCUGAUGUGGGAGAACAGAAAGGGAAAUUUGGAAUUCCCUUUCUGACACCUGAGAAGAGUUUCAAGGAAGAUUGUCACAGAGUUGAAGCAUGGAAGGAAGCUCUCAAGAUUGCUUCCGAUAUCGUCGGCUUUGUGUUUCCUGGAAAUAGGACGGAGAGUGUAGUUAUUGAAAAAAUAACUUUCAAUAUAAUGAAUAUGGUGGCUCCAUGUGAAACCACUGGAUUUCCGGGGAUUGAAUCACGUUCAAAGGAACUGGAGGAGUUACUGAGGUUUGAUGAUGCAAAUUGUGUCCGUACCAUCGGAGUUCUUGGGAUGACUGGAAUCGGCAAGACAACGGUUGCUGAUAGCGUGUACAAACGAAACUACAGUCAAUUUGAUGGUUACUAUAUCCUUGGAGACAUUGGCAAUGAUGUGAAGCGGUGUGGAUUACAACGUUUGCGCGAUAUACUCUUCCGUAAGUUAUUAGAUAUGGAAAAUGUUGAGGUCAGAGCACAUGUAAGAUUGGAAGACUUUGUAAGAAACAAGAAGUUGUUGAUUGUACUGGAUAAUGUGACCGAAGAAGAGCAAAUAACAACUCUUCUUGGAGACAAACCGUACAACGAAUCAUAUCACAAAGGAAGCAGGAUUGUUAUAACAACCAGAGACAGGAAACUGCUUUCAAAAAACACUGAUGCAACAUAUGUAGUUCCCAGAUUAAAUGACACUGAAGCUAUGGAGCUUUUCUGCCGAAAGGCAUUCUCUGAUAAGCAGCUCUACCCGCCGAAAGAAUUUGUCGAUCUAUCAAUGAAGUAUAUAUAUUAUUCUAAAGGGCAUCCGUUAGCAUUGACGAUGUUAGGUUCCGCUCUACUUGGGAAGGAUGAAACAGAUUGGAAGAAUGAAUGGAAUAAAUUAGUGAAAAAGCCAGAUGAAAAGCUACAAGAAAAGCUUAAAACGAGUUAUGAAGCAUUGGGUGUUGCACAGAAGAGGAUAUUUCUGGACAUAGCAUGUUUUUUCAAAUCAGAGAAAGCAGAUUUCGUUUCGAGCAUCUUGAAAUCAGACCACCGCGAUGCUGAUGUGAUGACACUGAUUAAAGAUCUUGAAGACAAGUGUUUACUAACCAUUUCUUAUGAUCGGCUUGAGAUGCAUGAUCUAAUGCAUAAAAUGGGAAAGGAUAUCGGAUAUGAAUCCAUCAAAAUGGUAAGCAAACGUAGUAGGUUUUGGAACCACGAAGAUGUUCGUAAAAUCUUGGAGAAGAACAAGGGCACUGAAUAUGUUAGAGGCAUCUUCUUGAACAUGUCUAGUAUCACAAGGAUCAAGCUUAGUCCUGCUGCUUUCAUGAACAUGUCAAAUCUCAAAUUCCUGAAAUUCCACAAUUCUCAUUGUUCUCAGUGGUGUGAUAACGACCAUAAAUUUCAUUCCUGCAAAGGGCUUGAUCACUUUCCGGAUGAGCUUGUGUACCUUCACUGGCAGGGGUACCCUUACGAACACCUGCCAUCAGAAUUCAAUCCAGAGGAACUUGUCGAUCUUAAUCUGCGUCAUAGCCACAUCAAACAACUAUGGGAAGAUGAUGAGAAGAAUACAGAAAAUUUAAGAUGGGUGGAUCUCAGUCAGUCAAAAGGCUUGCUUAACUUAACAGGCUUAUCCAAUGCCAUAAAUCUUGAAAGAUUGGAUCUCGAAGGCUGUACAAGUUUGGCUGUCUUAGGCUCAUCAAUCAAACAGAUGAACAAACUUAUUUACCUGAACCUCAGAGAUUGCACAAGCCUUGAGAGUCUUCCAAAGGGAAUCAAUUUAAAAUCUCUCAAGACUCUGAUCCUCAGUGGCUGCUCAAAACUUCACGAGUUUCAUAUUAUAUCUGAAAAUAUUGAAUCCCUUUAUUUGGAAGGCUCAGCAAUCGUACAAGUUGUUGAAUAUAUCGAGAGUCUUCGCAACCUCAUUUUGCUGAAUCUAAAGGAUUGUCGCAGGUUGAGGUAUCUUCCCAUCGAUCUUUACAAGCUGAAGUCUCUUCAAGAACUGAUUCUCUCUGGCUGUUCAGCUCUGGAGAGUCUUCCACCCAUCAAAGAGGAAAUGAAAUGCUUAGAGAUUUUGCUUAUGGAUGGAACGUCCAUUAAACAAAUACCUGAAAUGAUUUGUUUGCGUAAACUCAAGAUUUUUUCGUUCUGUGGAUCUAGCAUCGAAGAUUCGACAGGGUUAGUAUUGUUGCAUUCCUCAGGCAGCUCUCGUGUAUCGGACCUCUAUCUCACGAAUUGCAAUAUCAACAAACUGGCAGACAGCUUUAGCUCCUUCCACUCAUUGCGGUGUCUAUGCUUAAGCAGAAACAAUAUUGAGACCCUACCUGAAAGCAUCGAAGAACUAAAUUCUCUGUUGUUGCUUGACUUGAAGCAUUGCCGGAUGCUCAAUUCUCUUCCUCUGCUUCCAUCUAAUCUACAAUACGUAGAUGCUCACGGAUGUGUUUCUCUGGAAAAAGUUGCGAAGCCAGUGACGCUUCCUCUAGUAACUGAGAGGAUGCAUACUACUUUCAUUUUCACGGAUUGCUUCAAACUGAACCGAGCUGAACAAGAAGCUAUUGUAGCUCAGGCCCAACUCAAGAGUCAGCUACUGGCAAGGACAUCUCUUCAAUAUAGUCACAAGGGACUAGUUCUGGAGCCUCUGGUUGCUAUUUGUUUUCCAGGAAGUGAGAUACCCUCAUGGUUCUGCCAUCAGAGAAUGGGAUCUUCAUUAGAAACCGACCUGCUUCCGCACUGGUGUAACAGUAGAUUUAUCGGAGCUUCCCUAUGUGUUGUUGUCAACUUCAAAGAUUAUGAAGGUCAUCAUGCCAACCGUUUAUCUGUAAGAUGCAAGUGCAGAUUCAAGAAUCAAAACGGUCAGUCUAUCAGCUUUAGUUUCUGUCUUGGAGGAUGGAAUGAGUCAUGUGGAUCACCGUGCCAUGAACCACGGAAACUUGGAUCGGACCAUGUGUUUAUCAGUUAUAACAACUGUAAUGUGCCAGUCUUCAGAUGGACUGAAGAGAGUAAUGACAGUAAUAGAUGUCAUCCUACUAGUGCCUCGUUUGAAUUCUACCUUGCUGAUGAAACUGAAAGGAAACUAGAAUGCUGCAAGGUGAUAAGGUGUGGGAUGAGUUUGCUAUAUGCUCCUGAUGAGAACACCCGCGGAAUCCAGGGAAUACGGGUUUCAGACAUUGUUGAGCAUACUUCGAGUCAAGCUUUUGUGCACAUUGGAAAUCGGUCCCACUCUCAAGGUGAUGAGAGAAGGAAUGGUACAAGAAGAGAUGAAAUUCCCUAA